AAUAUAAAAAAAUACUAUAAAAUAAAUUCUUAUCAAUCUCUAAAAAUGACAGAAGCAGCGAAAGAAGAAAAUAAUGACAUCAAAAUUGUUAUUCCACGAGGAAAACCAAAAUCAGGACGAGUUUGGAAAGAACCAAGAAAAAGGUUUUCCUCUAUUGUCAAAACAAAAGGCAUUCGUCAAUCAUUUGAAAAGAAACAGAAAUUAAGAGAAGAUUUGAAACACAUAAAAGAAUUAUCAAGAGAAAAGGUAGCGAAAAUGAAGGAAGCAAAAGAAUUAAAGAAACAAAGGAGAGUAGAAAAUUUGAAACGAGCCGAAGAAAACAGAAAGAAGAGUGAAGUGGUCCAAGUUAUAACAAAUACAGCGAAAAUAAAGAGAAUGAAGAAGAAGCAAUUGAGAAUGAUCGAAAAGAGGGAUACUCUCAAAAUGAAAUAAAAUAUUAAUAGAAUAUUUUUUUGUAAAUAGAGUAAGUAUUUUUUUGUAAGAAGAAGAUUUGUAAUAAAAUAACGAGAGCUGUCUGUUAA